AUGAACGGAACUAUUGAUGCUGACUCCAUCAUGAAGCACAUUAUGGAUGGACUAACGCCAACAGUUGAAGAGAUCAAUUGGAUCAAUGUCAAGUCAAAAGCUUUGUUUGAGAAAUUACCAAAUGUUGUUUCUGUUCAACCUCCAAUAACAAUUUGUGGUGAUAUUCAUGGACAGUUUAAAGAUCUUAUGGAGUUAUUUAAGAUCGGUGGAGAAGUUCCAAUGACUAACUACCUCUUUCUCGGAGACUAUGUUGAUAGAGGUUCUCAGUCAAUUGAAACUGUUUCAUAUCUUUUCUGCUUGAAGCUUAAGUAUCCUAAUAAUAUUACCCUUCUUCGUGGCAACCAUGAAAGUGCCGGAAUUUCGCAAAUUUUCGGCUUCCGUGAUGAGGUUAUUGCAAGAUAUGGCAAUGAUGAUGUUUGGCAAACAUACACAAAUACAUUUAACUUCCUUCCUCUAGCAGCAAUUGUUGGAGACAAGAUUUUAUGUGUCCAUGCAGGUCUUUCCCCAAGAAUUAAGACAAUUGACGAUAUUCAGAAGCUUGACCGAUUCAGAGAAAUUCCACACGAAGGUCCAAUGUGCGAUUUAAUGUGGAGUGACCCAACACCAACUCCAGGAUUCCAACCAUCCGCAAGAGAAGCAGGAUAUCAGUUUGGCCCAGACAUUACAGCUGGCUGGAACAAAGAGAACAGUCUUGAGCUCACAGCUAGAGGCCAUCAACUUGUAAUGACAGGACUUGAAUACGGUCACAAUAAUCAAAUUGUAACAAUAUUCUCAGCACCUGAUUAUUGCAGGAGAUGCGGCAACUCUGCUGGUAUUCUCGAGCUCGAUGAAAAUAUGAAGCGAAAAGAAAUUCGCUUCGAAACUCCAAAAGAAGUUGAUGAAGAAUCAGAUCAAAUUCCUAAGUACUAUUCAUUUGACUUACCAGAAGAUGACUAA